ACAGUAAAUAAACUCCUAGUUUGACCCUUUACUAUUGUAAAAUGUUUUCAAGCUCUUUGUACCUAUCUAAAAUCAUAGUAGUUUAACUGGGCAAAAAUAGCACAUUAAUUUGCUCGCAAAUAUUUGGUGAUCAUUUACUAUUUUUGGUCCCCAAAUACAAUUUGAACUACAGUCGUGAAUAAAACAGCUAGAACUAUUAUUUUUUAAGCUUAAUUUUUUUGGUGUUAAGUAUAUAUAUAUUUUUGGUAAAAGAGCUUAGGGUAUCGAAGUAUUUUCUGGUGGUCAUAAUAUUUAUUCCCUUUUAUAAAUUGUUUAUUUGGAAGAAUCGACUAGGUACAGUAGGUAAUUGCACUAAGCUCGUGUUUAAUUUGUAAUUGUGUAAUCUUUGUGCAACCUUCACCUAACACCUUAUCAGGCAAAGGCUCGAUGAGCUAAUGGGAAAACUAAUGAACAUUAAUUAAUUAGGUACAUUAACUGCUCGUCUGCUUCAUUAGUUAAAAUAUAAAUGUUCGAAGCAAUUAAUACGAGUUAAACUGGAUUUUUUUUCCACCUAAACAAGGAAAAUCUAGGGAUUCAUGUGAUUAACUUUAAUCAUCUCAUCUCAAUCAAAAACAUCUUUGAGCAUCUCCUAGCAAAAAAUUCCAAUAUUUUUAUACGGAACCUUGAGCGCGUAAUUGCCUUCGAUAAAGUUAAUAAAAAAUACUUUUUACAAUGCAAAUUGACAUUGAAUGACAUAAUACGUCACAACAAUAAAAACCUUGAGUCUUUGGAGUCUCUACCGUUCUCUUCUGUGAAGCUUACAUUGAAAAUGGACAAGUCAAAGUAGAGUUAAAGAAAAAACGAGAAAACACACAUCACAAUGUGAGCUAUGUCUGGCCAGUCACUGGAGCCAAGCCAGGAUAUCGGGCAAGCGGCACUAGCGAAGGAUUGGUCAUGUGACAGCAACAUUUGCCACGCUUCUACCUCCAGGGGCCAUCCUUCCAGGUCCAGCGGAGACUACGACGGCACAGAUUCGUACUCCUACUGCAGCGUCUGCUCUUGCGAAUCGGAACACCUUCCUGGAGGCUUCGAGAGACCCUGCCUCAUCGUCGAUUCUACCACGAAGAUUCACAAAUCGAAAUGGACUUCACUAAUUAACUAUUUUAAACGCCAUUUUAAAGCAAAGCGCAAAGGCAACAAGACAAACAAGAUUAAGGAAAACCGUUAGUUUACCCUGUGGGAAAACGCAUAAUAUCUAAAUCUAGUACAGUUGCUAACAAUCACACCGAAUUUGAAUUUCCCACGAGUUCACUAAUCUUAAAAAUGAAGAUGGAACGACGCGACGGUUUACCUACGUAAUUUCGGAACUUUUAAACUCUAAUAUUAAUUAAGUUUAUCCAGGACGUAUUUAGGAACUUUUGCUCUAAUUAAUACCUACCUUUACAUAAAUAUUAAAAUUUCUGUUUCCUGUUUA